AUGAGCGGCCGACUUUGCUCUCGUGGUCUACAACGCUCGUUUGCAACUUCUACUCGAGUUCUAAACUCGCCAACUUCUCAGUCGUUGGCCGCCAAAGUCGCCCCGAUAGAGCCAAUCGCUCCAGCACCACCGCCGCGACGAGUUUCUGCGCACGUUCGACGUAUAGAGACUGUAGAAAAGGAGCUCAAAGCAUUGACCGAGAGGACAGCGGAGAAGAAUGAUGUCUCGAAAUUGAGGGCCGAAAUGAAGCAGCUGUAUGAUGGUCUUCAUAUCGAGUUUCUCGACCUUCGAGCACACGUCUGGGGCCUUCGUGAGUAUCAUUUUAGCUCCUCGACUUUCGCUUGA